CCCAUUUCUUCCCGCCACAUUUGAUGCGGAUUGCUAUAACAAGGGGCUUAGAUCCGAUCUGUCAGCCCGUUGGGCCGUCGUGCACCUGCACGUUUCAAUUCACAUCGAUAUUUUCAGAGGUCCCAUGAAGUCGACGUUACAACAAUACCACUUCUGUGAAUGUGUGCCCAAAAGAUCUGUAGCUCCUCAUCUCACAAGUUAGCGGCGUUGCUACGUGUUUACCAACGAUGUGAUUCUCUGAGUCAACUGACAACUUGUGGUACAGGCCAUACCUUGAGUGUGUUGUCGAAUCGGUCGAGUCGUAUCUCAAGAUCUUGCUAUCGCUUUCAAUUGAGGCCAAACCCUCGCAAUGGGUGUACCUACCUCGACAAUGGAAACGGGACUUUUGGAGCAAGGCGAAACUGGCCACAAGGAACCAUCUGAGACUGAUUCUCAUAACCAACCAACAAUGGAGGGCUCUCACACUAUUGACAAGCUUCGCUGGGCCGAUUUGAUGCACGCGCUACAAAGCAUCGAAAUACUACAGACAGCAGCUACCAUGGCACGAAUCGAGGCUCGUCAGAAGACCCGCGAAGCCUCAUUCAAACGACAGGACGUAUGGGUUUGGGACGCCAAAUUCAUGGGGGAGAUCCAAAGACUCAAUGCUCAGGGCAAUCUCAAAGGAUUCGAAGAAUUAUCACGACUUGCUACUCAAUGCCAGACUGCACGCGAUCUUCUAGGCCCGGUUGAGCAAGACAAUAUUGAGGCUGAAUCUUAUUGGCUAGGGCAAGUAUGGAAGCUGAAAGAAGCCGAGAAAGAUUUUUACACCGAAUUCAAAGAUGAGUUCAGGGAUGCCGCCGAAUAUGUCACAACUCAUGGCGGCGAAUCAGUCAGCUCUUACCACCCAUAUUCAGACUCUGACAGUCAGAUUGCCGAUGGCCCAGUGAUGGAAGACGACGAUGCGCAAACGGAAGAUGCCACAGUCCCAUUGACCGAGCUCGACCACGCGGAGGUCGAAGAGCAAAUACCACUUAAUCUUGAGGAUGCAAACGCCCAGGAGUUUGAGAACACUGCUGUUUUAUCUGAUUUGGACUCGGGCUUUGGAGAUAUCGAGUCGAUUCUAAGCACGUCGCCACCUUUUGAUAUCAACAAGUAUGGUCAACCCAGAACGGUUCCGGAAGCGGGACACACUGGUAUCGAAUUAUAUCACGAUUUACUGGUAGACUUCUCAACCAGAAGAGCAAGGAUCAACAAAUGGUUGAAGAAUAUUGUAUUGGAGUCUCGCCUUGAGGGACUUUCAGUAUACUCUAUUCUGCAAGAUCUGCUUGCAGUGGAGAAUCAAGAGGUCCCGUCGAAUUGGGCUCAACUAGUUAUUGCUUGGUGGGAAUUCGAUGAAGCUUCGGCGCCGGUACCAGUUGAAAAGGGGACUGGCAAUACUGCAGCUGAAGAAACAGAUCCUGUCAGAGAUUCAAGCAAAGACCGUGCCAAGAACAAGACAUCAACGAUACCGGACAUCCAGAGUCGUGUAUUAUCAGAUCUACUGUCGGAAUCCCACAUUGAGCCUCCCAAAUCUGAUGGGGACCGAGGUAACAACAGUUUCAAUGGCAAGGGCUUAGCGCCGCCUACCCCAAUUCCACCUUCUCCACCGUUCUCACAUCCCAAUUCUCGCUCAGCCUCGCGUGAUACACGAGAAGCAGAGACCUCAACACUGUGAAUCAUGGAUGGUGUCUGUCUUGGCUUACAAUAAAGGUACUUCUUACUGCUUGUGGAUAUGUUCCUAGAGAACGUGGUAUUUGGAACGACAGUUCAUGUACAAGAUCAAAAGUUUGUAAACUUAAUAGACUGGUAACAUCGCAAUGGAGAGGAAGAUUUUUUUGGGAUUUGGUUCAAAUAGGUACAGCAGUGUAGCGGAGAGGUUGUGGAUGGUCUGCAUUAAUAACACAAAG